AUGGCUGGCGGACUCCAAAAAUACAGACACUUGUCGCGCAGCAGCUCGCACCGUCAGGCUCUGCUCAGAAACCUCGUCACAUCGCUGUUCAAGAAUGAGACGAUAUCCACAACAUGGCCCAAGGCUCAGGAAGCCCAGCGUCUGGCCGAGAAGCUCAUCACCUUGGGCAAGAAGAACACCGACGCCAGCAAGAGAAAGGCCCUCUCCAUCUUCUACCCCAUCAAGGAAGACCAAGCACCAUCUGCCAUCCUAGAACUCGUCGACGGCCCCAAGGACAUGCGAUUCGCCAUGACUGCCCGCACCGUCUCCCGCCUACGUCGCGAGGGCAAGGACAUCAACGACAUGACCGCCGGUAACAUUGCAAAAGUCACCCGCUUCCGUCCCAACGGCGACAAGGACCUAGAAGACAUGGUCGCCAAGUUCGACAAGCUCGACGCUCAAGGCGAGCACGGCUUUGAAAAGAUCUACAAGCAACGAGUCUACCACAAUCCCAAGGCUUCGAGGUAG